AUGAGCGCCCCUACCGCUGAAACUUGCGGCGAUCCGAUGUCGCUACCGCAGAUAACACUAGAAUGGAGCGUUGUGGGAUUCAACUUCAACAUCAGAAACACUGAUUCGGAGCUGACGCCUCUGUUUACCCUCUUCCGGAAAUUACCCCCUCCAGACAAGACGCGUCAGUUGACCCUUGAUGACUUUUUCAACCCCGAAACUUUUGUCUACACCUUGCGAGCGGCCUCCGAUAAUCUGGUCCCGGAGAAAUGCGAAAACCAAAACCAAGAUUCUAUGUUUGGCAUUCUUCUCCCUGACGAACUCUUCACGCCGUGGACGUCUUUCGAACCGUCCGAAAUCCGAGUCUGCGAGGAAAAGGUCAUUGGGCCUCCUAAUCACACACCACGCAAGGUCCUCCUGAAGGACGACACCGUCGCAUUCUUGAAGCUCAUGCAUCGCGGCGACAAGCAGUCCCUCAAGACCGAGUUGGAUACCUAUAACAAGAUCGACAAGACACAGCUUGACAGUGCAACCAGGGUCUCACGCCUCCAUGGUCUGGUGCGGGAUGACAGCGGCGCAAUUUUUGGUCUUUUACUCACUUAUAUCGACUGCAAAAAUGUGACGCUGUCUUGUGCGGUGAAGCCCGGGUUGUCGACAGUCCUGCGCGAGAAAUGGGCAGCUCAGCUCCGGGACAGCAUCACCCAGCUGCACGACGCUGGGAUCGUCUGGGGAGAUGCUAAGCCGGACAAUGUCUUGAUCGAUAGCAAUAAGGAUGCUUGGAUUGUCGACUUUGGUGGAGGGUACACAGAGGGAUGGGUGCCUAAGACAUUGGCUGGCACGAUAGAGGGUGAUCUGGUUGCUCUUGAGAAGAUGAUAGAACUCAUUGAACGAGAAGCUACAGCGGACUGA